AUGGCGGAGGAUCCCGCAGCGACGACGACGGUCAGCACAAUUGCGCUCCAGAGCGGAGGCACGAAACUCGUCCUCGCGCUGCUCCAAUGCGUCGAAAGGGUUGAAUUGAAAAUCCAAGAAAUGGUUCCAUUGUUCACCGACAUCGGGACGAAUCUCGAGGAGGCUCAACAGCUUUGUGAGCAGCAUGAUGAGGUUUUGAGAAAGCUACAAACAAAGCAAAAUCCAGUCGAAGAGCUCCUGAAACAAGCGGACGAAACCAUCAGUCGUCAAAAACCCAAGAAAGAGGUCUACAUGGCUAUGGCCGAGAAUCUUGGCUUCGCAUGGAAAGAUUUGAACACGCAGCUCGAGCAGCGGAAACUUAUCCUCCAUCAGGCGGUGGCAUUCCAUGCCAAAUCGCGCGACUUCUUAGAGAAACUCACGCGGGCGGAAAUGCAGUUCGCUGGGAGCUUCAUACCCCACGACGCUAGCAAAUGCCAACGGAUUUUGGACGAGAUAUCAGCUGCUCGGAACAUUUUGACAACAUGCGCGCAGCAAGCCGCAUCGGAGGCGGAUCUCCUGGUCGAAUUCCUGAAACCGAUUGCCGACCAUUCGCUCGGAGAUUCUCGACCGGAGUACGCACGCCAUGCAGCUGAAAGAACUCAGAAAGACAUCCAAGAGUAUAAAGAAUUCCUCCAGGCGAAAUUGACCGAGGUGGAGGCUAUUCUCGGUCAACGGGAGUAUAUGCUAAGCGGUUCUUCCAAAAAGAGAGAACUUGAAGAAGAUGUUCGCAAUCUCGAGAGCUGGUACAGCAACCGAGGCAAGCCUUUCCUAGCGGCGGGAACCCUCGGCAAAUCCGGGGAAAGCGACUCCCUCCUGGAGGGGCUCACGGACAUUUUGACCGAAGUCAAAGAUCGACGGCAGCAGGCGACAGUGAAGCUCCUCAAGGCUACGGACGACAGAGCGAGUGGCGGUUACGCCGGAUCCGAUGUUCAACAGAGAGCCUACGUCAUUCUGAACGCAAUCACCGAACUCGAAGAGACGCUUAAUGCGAGACAUGACGCUCUGCACAAAGCUAAACGAUUUUUCCACAAGGCGAACGAGGUUUGUUGUGACAAGAAAUCCCCAGAUUCCGAAUCGUCGGAAAAAUUACGGAAGGAGGUUGUCCUCCUCGGGGAUGAGCUUCUCAAACACUUCGAGACGGAACCACACGUUGUCGUGGGCGUCAGAGAAGUUUUGGACGAAUUUCGAGCUUCGAAAAGCCAGUCCUCCCCGAGUCGGAAAACUGUGUCCGGGGAGGCGUCCGUCUCGACAUCCUCGACCGAGUCCGAUCUAUACGAGGAAAUAACACCGGUCACCGCUCGAGUACAUGACGGUGACAGCGCCGAAAAGCGGGACAAGAUGGAGCAGUGUCGUAGGCCUUCACCGCAGAGCAUUAGCGGAUCCCACGCUGCGGAUAUUCCGCUCACGGCUCCGCUGGCCACGCAGGAAGACGAGACUUUCAAAGAGGAUGAAUACGAAGAAAUGUCCACGUGCACCGAGAACACCGCGCUUUCGGAGACUCCUAAAACUAGAGAAAUCAAGAGUGAAAGCUAUCGUCGAGAGAUUAAGACUCACAUGAAGGUCACAAAGCAAGUUACUCAGAAGAGCACAGUAGUCACCGGAGGCCAAAGGAAAACCAUUCAAGAAACAAAGGAUGAGCGAAUUCUGGGCGAGCACGCAGCCUUGCAAAGGAGUCCUUCGUUCAUGAACUUUUCCUCAAAAAUCGAGUCCUUGUCCAAAUGGCUCCACGAGGUUCUCGAGAAAUUUCUCGCUGAAAAUACGGAAUUGCACGGUGAUCUCGGUCAAGCCACAAAAUUCUACCAAGAUCACAACAAAAUGCAGAGUGAUGUCAAAAUGAAGGAAAUGGACGCGAUGGCCGCUUUCUCAACACUACCGGCAGUCCUGUCCAUCGGAGGGGACGAUGCAUCUGACGCUCAGUCAAGGGGACAGAAGUUGCGAGAUGAUUGGGAGCGAAUCGGAAACGUCCUCGAGUUACGCGCUCGACUUGCGCAACGAUUUGUCAAUUUCCUGAAACUCUCAGACCAACUCUCCUCAGAUAUGACAGAGGUGGAGGAGACCGUUGGACGCCCAGAGCACGAGCUCUCAGAAAGUGAGCAGAAGGAUCUACUGCAGAGCUGGAUGAACGCUCAGCAAGCCAUAGUGCAAUUCAAUCACCAAUCGAAAAUCAUACAAGCCGAUGCACAGAAGACCAAAGACCCAUUCCUGGAUAUUUCGAGCCUGAUCGAAGCGGUACAGGGAGUCCAAGCCACCCUGUCCACCCGGAGGGACGUGCUGAAGAAAACAUUCGAAGUUUGGGAGGAUCGCAAAGAUCCGCCUCCGGGGCCGAAGACUUCACAGUCAGAUCAGCUGAUGCGCGAAGCCCAAAGAACCAAAGAGUCCGCCUUGAAACUCGAGAAAGAACUCUUCCCAACGAUACCUCGAGAGCUGAAUCGUACCGAGAGCAUUAGACGGUACCUGGACAGACAUAUCGACACUCUGAUGCCUCUGGUCAAGACGGUGAAGUCCGAGCUCGAGGUCAGAAUCCGAUCGAUGGAACAUCUCGCGGCGAAAGCAACCGAUGGAGAUGAGAGGGAGGAGUUAUCGAAAAUCAGAGAUCUACUCCAUGCAUCUUUCGACAGACUCCAGAGCAAGAUCGGGGACUAUGAGGUCAUCGUUGGAAAACUAGUCACCUUCCUCGACGGAGUGCAUGAGAUCGAGAGGCUCGAAGAUUCGAUCGAAAAGCUCGGCAAGACUUGUCAUCAGCAAGGAAUGCAGCCAACCCAAUGCGCCAAGACUUUGGAGGAUGCACAAGCCAAAGGCGCCGAGUGUUUCUCGACCGUGACUCAGCUCUCCCAGGAGCUAAUUAAGCUGGUCGAGCAGCUGGAACCUGCCGCAGCGGCGAGCAGGGACAAAGAGAAAAUCUCUCGACUACUCGAAACGAGUCGUCAGCAUUUCGAGAGCACAAUUUCGCAGCAGAAAGUGAGCGUGGCGGAAUCCCGGCGACUCGUCGAGUUCAAGGCGAACAUUCAGAUUCUGAACCUACAAAUCGACAAACUCAGCGAAGAGCUCUGCGCACUUCGGUUAGCGUUCGGGCAGAACCUGACGGCGGCGAAAGCCGCACAGAUUUCCUUCGAGCAGUUCGACGCUACCGUCGGUUCUCUGGAACAACAGAUCAACGAGUUCUUCAGCCUGUCUCAAAAACUCACAUCUGACCGGCGGCAAGACACCAGGCAAGCGAAAAGCGAAGUACAAAGUCUGCAGUUCAAAUGGAAUGCAUUCACGAGGCUCGUCGAAGACAACAGACGUCUCAUCGAUAUUGCUGUACAGUAUUUCACGGUCCUCGAUGCGACCGAGAGUUGGUAUCGCGAAACGAACGAUUAUCUGGUCCGAGUCAAUCAGCUGUGCAGUACGGCGCAGAGAGCGGACAAGGAGGUCAUUUUAAAUGAUGUCCAGAGUAGAAUUCACUCGUCUCAACUAGAUCAAGAAGAGAGGCUCAAGAAAUUGAUCAAUCUGGCUCAGCAACUCUAUCAGGGUCGGGUUCCGGCUAAUGCCCAACGGGUCAUUCAGGAGACGCAUACGGUGCUAGAAACUCUGCAAUUGCUCGUUGGACAACUCCGGAAACAGUCGAUGCAGGCAUCGCUGAUGCACUUCCAAAAUGGACCUUUCUCGCAGAACCAGACGAAUGUUCAAAAGACUCUGAUGAGCUCGGUCGAGGGUAAGCACAGCCUCGGCGAGUACUCGGAAUACCCCUCGAUCCAAGUUCGUCGCAUGCACGCGGUUCAGUCAUACAAGAUCGAGACCUACUCGAACAGCCAGACCUCCCUGUGUUUUGGGAGCUCCUCGAAAUCACUUGAACACCAAUCGCAAAUUGAAUCCAGAGAAUCGACCGUCAGUCAGGGAAUCUCGAAGCCGAGAAGCUUUUCUGCUGUAAGCAGGGUAGCACCGGGAAGCACUUCGUCUUAUCCCGCAUUUGUUGUCCCGCUGAGUGACGUGGAGACUCCCGAACUGAGGAGACUGACGUUACGCUGCGUUGUGCAAGCGUUCCCGAUCCCCAAGAUCUCUUGGUACAAAGACGGGACGAUGAUCCGGCCAAGCAACUACAUUGUGUCCUCACACAAUGAGGAAACCGGUGAAUGUGUGCUCAGCCUUCAAGAAGCAUUUGUCGCCGAUUCUGGAGUAUACUCAUGUAAAGCUGUGAAUUCGUCAGGUCUCGCGGAGACCAAGGCAAACGUCGUCGUUCGAGGAGAGCGAUUCCGGAUCCGAAUUUAUUGAGUAUUACAUUACAUUCGGA